AUGGUGGUUUCCUCUCAGGAAACAUUAGUGGGGGAGAUGGAAGAGAAAAAGGAGCACGAUGAGAAGCAGGAGACGGAAGACAAGGAUGAGAAGAAUGAGGAUCCGAUUUCAGGGGAGAAAGAAGCCGGCUCCCGCCAACAUAAGCCGGAUUCGGAAGAGGCGGGACCUGAUGAUGAUGCGUCGUUCAUGGAGAUCGUGAAUCGUUUCUCCAGGCUAGCGAGUUCGCUUAACGAGUUUCGAUCGGAUCCAGAUCACGCUCAUCUCGUGAACCGGAUCGGAUCAAUUCACCAACGAGCAAUGUCGUAUUUGGAGGAUGAAUUCGGGUUUCUUCUCCAAGAGCAUACCAAUCAACAACCGGUACAAGAACCAGAUUCCGCGGGAAAAUCAUCAUCAGCAAAAGCGGCAGAAACCGGUGAGCCAGAGGAAGAAAAGGAAUCGCCGUAUCCUGGGUACAGUGAAGAAACGGUGACGAAUCUGAGCAAUAUCGCGAGCCAGAUGAUCGCCGGUGGGUACGAAUCGGAGUGUUGCCAGGUGUACAUGAUCGUACGGCGGCACGCCUUGGAUGAGACCCUAAUCCAGUCAGGAUUCGAGAAGAUCAGCAUCGACGAUGUCCAGAAGAUGGCGUGGGAGAAUCUCGAGCGGGAAAUCCCGAUCAUGACUUCCAUCAUCAAAGAAUGCGCCAGCGUCCAUUUCCCCAAAGAGCACAAAUUAGUCCACUCCGUUUUCUCAAACUACCCUUCCCUCUCCAUCUCCCUCUUCAGCAACCUAAGCAGAGGAAUUCUUAUCCAGUUCCUCAAUUUUGCCGAAGGAGUUGCCAUGUCUAAGAGAUCCACGGAGAAGCUCUUCAAAUUCCUCGACAUGUAUGAAACCUUGCGAGAUGGAUUCGCUGCAAUCGAAGGCUUGUACCCGGAGGAGUCUGAGAGCGAGCUGAAAACAGAGGCCACGACGGUAAAGGGAAGAAUCGGAGAAGCAGCAAUUAACAUCUUCAGCGAUCUGGAGCAUUCAAUCAAAAACGACCAUGGAAAGACUCCGGUCCCCGGCGGCGCCGUCCAUCCGUUAACCCGCUACACGAUGAACUACCUGAAAUACGCCUUUGAGUACAAAUCGACUCUGGAGAAUGUUUUUAGAGACCAUUCCAAAAUCGAGCGUGCAGAUUCAACGAGCCGGCCUAGCAACCAGUCACCAUUCGCGGGCCAGCUGGCGAGGAUCAUGGAUUUCCUAGAUCAAAACCUAGAGUCGAAAUCGCAGCUCUACAGAGACGUAUCCCUCUGCUGCAUCUUCAUGAUGAACAAUGGGCGGUAUAUUUUACAAAAAAUCAAGAGCUCUCCGGAGAUCCACUGCGUUAUGGGGGAUCCGUGGUGCCGUCGAAAAUCGUCGGACCUCCGGAACUACCACAAGGGGUACCAGAGGGAGACGUGGAGCAAGUUGCUAGGGUGUCUGGCACAGGAGGGCGUGCAGGUGCAUGGGAAAGUGUCCAAGACCGUGUUGAAAGAGAGGUUCAAGAACUUCAACAUCAUGUUCGAUGAGAUACACAGGACGCAGAGCCAGUGGGUGGUGAGCGACGAACAGUUGCAGUCAGAGCUCCGGGUGUCGAUAGCGGCAGUGGUGAUUCCGGCGUACAGGGCGUUUCUAGGGAGGUUCUCCCAGUAUUUUACUCCCGGCAGGCAAUACGAGAAGUAUGUAAAGUAUCAGGCGGAGGAUAUAGAGAAUUGUGUGGAGGAGCUGUUCGAGGGGAACGCUAGUUCCAUAGCCAGGAGGAGAUGA